AUGGAGGUAGCUAUGAUCCGGGCUAAUGUAGAAGAGGACAGGGAAGCCACCAUGGCUAGGUUUUUGCACGGUUUAAAUCAAGAGAUUGUGGAUAUAGUUGAGUUGCAGCACUAUGUUGAGCUAACGGAUAUGGUGCAUCAAGCCAUAAAGGUGGAGGAACAACUCAAAUGGAAGGGAUUGGCUAGGAGGGGACAACCUAUAGCUACCACCAGCCUAGGGAAGACAACACAAAAAACGGACGAGCAGCUACACAAUAAUCCAAAAUUUGAACCCUCGAAUGCCAAGCCAACGACCGCCACUACUUUAGGAGAGCUUGAGUCAGAGAAUGAGGAAGAAGUAGAUGAUGAUGCCAUGCCACCUUUGGAGGAUGCUGAUGAUAAGCAAAAUGCUGUGGUUGGAGAUUUAUUGGUAGCAAGGCGAGUUCUCAAUGUGCAGAUUAAGGAGGAAGAAAGUAACCAAAGGGAGAACUUAUUUCAUACUCGGUUCUUUGUAAUAACAAAGUUUGCAGUGUCAUUAUCGAUGGAGGGAGUUGUACAAAUAUUUGUAGUUGUGUAUUUUGAUGAUAUCCUAAUUUAUAGUAAAAACUUGGAAGAACAUGUAAUGCAUUUGAAAUCUGUUUUGGAAAUUCUAAGAAAAGAAAAGCUGUUUGCUAACCUCAAGAAGUGCACCUUUUGCACGGAUAAGCUUGUGUUUCUUGGUUUUGUUGUUAGUAAGAGCGGAAUUGAGGUGGACGAGGAAAAGGUGAAGGCAAUCCAAGAGUGGCCAACGCCUACAAAAAUCAGCCAAGUGAGGAGUUUCCAUGGCUUAACUAGCUUCUAUAGACUGUUUGUGCGUGAUUUUAGUAGCUUAGCCGCCCCUCUUACUGAAGUCAUCAAGAAAAACGUGCAGUUUAAGUGGGGGAAAGAACAAGAAAAGGCAUUUAAUCUUAUCAAAGAAAAGUUAACUAAUGCACCUUUGCUUGUUUUACCUAACUUUGCUAAAAUUUUUGAAAUUGAGUGUGAUGCUUCAGGAAUAGGUAAUGCAAGAAGGACGUCCAGUUGCUUAUUUCAGUGA